GCCGCCCCGUGGACGGCUGGGCCUCGUUGCGGGCCUGCGCCUCCCUCGGCUCCUGCCGCGGGCCUCGGGGAGUGGGGAGGAAGAUGUCUAUGGAUGUGACAUUUCUUGGGACAGGCGCAGCGUACCCAUCCCCAACCCGAGGUGCCUCUGCUCUGGUCCUUCGGUGUGAAGGCGAGUGCUGGCUCUUUGACUGUGGGGAGGGAACUCAGACACAGCUUAUGAAAAGCCAACUUAAAGCAGGAAGAAUUACCAAGAUCUUCAUCACACAUCUUCAUGGAGACCAUUUCUUUGGCCUUCCUGGGCUCCUGUGCACAAUCAGCCUGCAGAGUGGCUCUGUGGUCACCAAACAGCCUAUUGAAAUCUAUGGCCCCGCGGGGCUUCGGGAAUUUAUCUGGAGAACCAUGGAACUCUCUCACACGGAGUUGGUCUUCCCUUAUGUGGUCCACGAGCUGGUGCCUACAGCGGAUCAGUGUCCUCCAGAAGAACUAAAAGAAUUUGUGUUCGUGAAUAGAGCAGACAGCCCUCCCAAAGAGGGACAAGGAAGAACUAUCUUAUUAGACUCAGAAGAAAACUCAUACCAUCUGGUUGAUGAUGAACAGUUUGUUGUAAAAGCAUUUCGCCUGUUUCAUCGAAUACCCUCCUUUGGAUUUUCAGUCGUGGAGAAGAAACGCCCAGGUAAACUCAAUGCACAGAAGCUGAAAGACCUCGGUGUUCCGCCAGGUCCUGCCUAUGGGAAGCUGAAAAAUGGAAUAUCUGUUGUUCUGGAAAAUGGAGUUACAAUUUCUCCCCAGGAUGUCUUAAAAAAGCCUAUUGUUGGAAGAAAAAUCUGCAUUUUGGGUGACUGUUCUGGAGUUGUGGAUGAUGGAGGAGUGAAGCUGUGCUUUGAAGCAGACCUGUUGAUCCAUGAAGCGACCCUGGAUGACACUCAGAUGGACAAAGCAAAGGAGCAUGGCCACAGCACACCACAGAUGGCAGCAGCAUUUGCGAAGUUGUGCCAAGCAAAGAGGCUGGUUCUGACUCACUUCAGUCAGAGAUUCAAGAAAAGAAGAUGAUGACUCAAAAUUUCACCAUCCAGAGAGCUAGUACUUCUGGUCCAAUGGUCCUGAAACUGAGAUGUGAGUCAGUGUUACCCAGGGUAGUACAUAGGUGAACAAGACGGCAUAGGUAGACAGAGAUCCCUGGGCUCUGACUCCAAAUGUUCUAAUUCAGGAGGUCUGGGGUGGAACCCAAGAAUCUACAUUUUUAAUAAGAUUCCCCCAGGUGAUUCUGAAGUAUAUGGGUAGUAGGAUAAAAAAACUGUAUUUAUGCACGUAGAAAAAUUGAGGUGUAUAUGAACAUGUAUAUUUAAACAUAUAAUAUAUUUAUAAGUAUGUUAUAUUACACACAUGCCCACAUGUGUAUUUUUACAUGUAGGUUGACCUCAACUUUUUUUCAUUUAACAUUAUGAGCAUUUCCCUACAACAUGAACUGUUCUUUGAAAGCAUGAAUUUAAUGAUUUUGUAUUAUUCCAUACUGUAGAUGUAAUGUCACUUAACUGUUUUUCUACUUUUGGAGCCUUGAGAUUGUUUUCCAUUAUCAUAAAUAAUACUGUCAUGAAUACUCUUGGGAACAAACCUUUGUAUCUCUGAGUAUUUCCUUAGGAUUAAUUUCUCUGGAGGCUAAAACAUCUGACUUAUUUUUUUCAGACUCUGAUUAAGAGUCUCCCACUUGUUUCCUAGCUCACUCUGCAGCAGCGUAAGAGAGGCCUGUUCCAUUACUCCAUUGGUAGAUGAUACUGAAUAUCAUCAGUUAGUGACCUUUCUAACACUCCUCUUCCAAGACAUUUGUCUUAUAAUUUUUGCCUUCUAGUGAAAAUAACUUUAUUAUGUCUUUCAACCAGCACAUUUAGUUCAAUUGUGAUGUCCUUGAAUGCUCUAAUGCCAUCUUAAAAAUUUGGCAGUUUUUACUUGUGGGGGUAAAAUCUUUAUUGUUUCAAAUACGUUCAUGACAGAUGUACAGUGAAGGUACUUUUGUCUUUACAGAAGUAUAAAUUUAUAGUGAAAUGUAUAUUAAUUCUGUCCUUACUGAUUGGUGGAUUUUUUAGGUAAUGAAUGAGUCAGUUUUUUUUUUUUUUUAAUGGGAAGAAUAAAAAGGAAAUACUAGUAAUGUUUGCUCUUUGGCAGGAUAAGAAUAGAGAUAAGGGGGUUGCAGUGGGGACAUGGGGUAAGAUCUAGAAAUUAUUUUCUUCCAUAGUAGGAAGUAGGCAGUGUUUAAAACUAAAAACUAAAUAGUACUUUAAGCAUAUUAUGUUUUUUUAAAAGGUGGAGGAGGCUGUAAAUAUCAGAUGAAUAGUUAAGAGUAGAGGAAGGGUGGAAGGUACAAGGGGUGUGGUGUGGGGAGGGACAGCCAGAGGAUGACUAUUUUGUAUAAGCCUAAUAGUGCUAGGACUAUUUGGUAUUUUGAACUAUUUAUGUGUGUAUGCAUUCAUUUACUUUAAAAAUUACACUGAAACACUUAUGCAUAGACAAGACGCUGCUCCGAAUAAUCAUGUCAGUUGCUGGUCUCCAUAUGGGUGCUCCAGGCAGUUGACAGUUCCUUUCAAGGCUUUUUAACAUUCCAGUCCAUUCCCCACACUGCAAAGAGAUUUUGUUCAAAAUGCAAAUCUGAGCCUAGCAUCCAGAUUUUAAUGGCCCUCCCUUACCCUCCCUUUCCAAGCUAAUCUUACUGCACAGUGCCACGCAUUUUUGCAGCCCCAGCCACAUAGGCCUUUUAGUCCUUUGUCAGAGGUUUCUGUUGUUGCACAGUCUUGGCAGAAACUGCUCCCUGGGCCUGGAAUUCUUUCUCCUCUCCCUAAGUUAACCCUUACUGGGCCUUCUGCUCACAGCUCUGCAGUCACAUCCUCACGGAAGCCUCCCCAGACUUCCCCACAAGGUAGCAUGUUACUCUCAUGGCAACUGCACCCCACUUUCCCAUUGCUUGUCACUUCCUAUUUUCAGUUUGCUCAUGUGAAUAUUUGAUUGACGUUUCUGUUUCCCGCUAGCACUGUAAGCUUCACAAGAGCAGAACUGAUUUUGUUUCCCUUUGUGCUCUAGCUCCUAGCUCAGUGCCUGAAACGUAUUAGGCACUCAGUAAAUGGUGGUGACUUGUUCAAUUUCCCUUGCCAUCCUGUUAUUCUACAAGAUGCAAUGCCUUGUUCUCCUAGGGAUUUUUCCUGAUUGAUAUUAAAAACAAAAAAGCAAAAAUCCCCACUCUUAAUCUCUUAACUAAAAAUAGGGAGGAAGAGAAUGGUUGCCUGUGACCUUAAAAUGAGGCAAAUCUUUAUAAAUACUAAUUCUAAAGCUUUAGUUUGGCAUUCUGAGAUACGCAGACAGAUACUUAGACUCAGGGAAAGGGCUGGAAAAAGGAAUUUCUCUGCCUAAGGAAGUAGGAUGUUGGCUUUUGCUGUCCAUAGGAAAGUCAAAACAAAGGUAUAAAGAAUGAAGGAAGAAGGCCAAGCCCCAUGCAGGAUAGGGAAAUGGUGGGAGAACCUUAAGAACACAGGCGUCUGAUGUUCAAUUUUAUGGUGGCUGUGUUUCUUGAAAGUAAAUCCCUCCAUUUCCCCCAAACUUUCUUUGAAGUCUCCUGGAUGCGUAAGCUUUGGAUUUCUCUACUCAACCCUGCACACCAUCAGAUAAGAACAACUUCUGAAUCCUGACUGGGUUGACCUGGGUGGAAAAGGGACAGCAGGACUGAGAGAGGGAGACAAUCCCAAAGUAACACUGUUCAGAGGAGUGGAAUCAGCGGUGAGCGCAAGAGCCUGUCUCCUAGGGAUUUUCAGGUUAUAAGGAGGGCAGUGACCUUUACAUAACCCACGGAAUUGGGAGGUAGUAGAGGGUUGAGCCAAUUUCACAUUUAUCUUAAAGGACAGGGUAACUCCAGCUGACAGUUGGACACAGAUAUUUCUGUGCCCUUGAUAGACAUAUUUUUAAGGAUUAAAAAGCUGCCAUACCCAGGAUAAUAAGGAAGUUGAAGGGAGUGCCUAAGUUUAUCCAAAGUAAAAAAUAUUUCCACUCCUAAAUAAAGCUAGCUGAGAAACACUGUUGCUCUGAUGUCAAUGUGCUAAUUAUACACUCAGCAGACAUGGCAGGUACAAAGAUUAAAUUCACCCAUGAAAAAGUAAAAGGGGAAAGGCGAGGGAUCAAGUUUCCCAGCUAUGCAAAUCCCCCUGUAACUGCCAGGCAGCCUCAGGUAGACCUAAGCAACAUUGAAUUCAGUGUCACCAAGUGAAACCAAGGUUAUUUUGUUUAGGUUGUUCUCAUUGUUGUGGCUUCCAGAUCAGAGGCUUGUCUGAAUGAUACCAUAUCUCCAUCAGACAUCCUGGACUGGAGCUGGCCUUGUGGAUGUAUCCAUGUCUGGGUCAGCAAUCCAAAUGCUGUUCCUAACUGGCUUCCAAGGGGUCUUGCUAUGGAACACAUCUUCACACAGCCAGUAGAUACAGGAACGUGAUCGAUUUUCUCCCCCACAUGCCUAUACUGAGAGGCACUAUGGCCUACUCAGUGGUCUUCAGACUUGGGUAUUUGUACCCCUGGAGAUAUGCAAAGGUUUUUCUAAGGAUGUAAAGAGAUGCUUUCAUAUGAAGUAUUUCCUAAAAUAAAUUUUCCUGAGAACUAGUGUAGGCAAAGGUCUACAUUACUGGCUCCAUUGUACAGUGCUCCAAGAUACCAAAGGGGAUAGGUGAAAUAUUGGUAUUGGGGUGAAAACACGAAUGACUGAGUAACAAAUUCUUUUUCAGGUUGGGUAGUUUCCAGUGUGAUGCUUUGAAGAAAAUUGAAGGAGAAUCUAACCAAGUUCAGAUCAAGGAGUAGCUAAUCUGUCCAAUGAUAGAUUUUAAUUGCUUUAUUGAGAUGUAAUUCACAGACCAUGCAAGUCAGUGGUUUUUCACAUAUUCACAGAGUUGUGCAACUAUCACCACUAUCACUUUUAGAAUGUUUUCGUUAUCCCCAAGAGAAACGGUACACUUUGGCAGUUACUCCCACUUUCCUCCCAAACCGCACAGCGAUAAAUUGCUUUCUACCACUGAUCUACUUUCUGUCUCUAUAAGUUUGCCUAUUCUGGACAUUUCAUACAAAUUGAGUCAUACAAAUGUGGUCCUUUGUGAUUGGCUCCUUUUACUUAGCAUAAUGUUCUCAAAAUAUAUCCAUGUUGCAGCUUAUAUCCGUACUUCAUUCCUUUUUAUGGCCCAAUAAUACUUCAUUAUGUGGACAUACCACUUUUACUUAUCAUUCAUCAGCUGAUCUAAUAAUAGGUUAUUAAAAAUAUUUUUUAUAAUAUAUCUUUAUCAGAAAUGCAAGAGAAGACAUUGCUGCAGAUCUUACAUAUAUUAAUAAGUUGAAAGAAGGUACUAUAAAUGACUUUAAUUUUAAAUAAAAUUACUAAAACAGCUUCCUUAAAGAACACAAUUUGCUAGAACUGACACAAGAAAAAAUGUAGGACUAUUCACUUUUUCUAUUUAUUAAAGAAAUAAAGAAACUGAAUUUGUGAUUAAAUUCACCCUUCUAAAAAAAAAACAAAAGAACUCCAAGCCCAGAUGGUUUCACUAGUGAAUCAUUCUAAACAAUUAAGAAAUAUACCUUUCUUCCACAAACACUUCCAGAAAACAGAAAAAGAGGGAACACAUCCCAACUCACUUUAUGAGGUCAGCAUAACCUUGAUGCCAAAACUUAAGGACAUUAAAAGACAGGAAAAUUACAGGCUAAUUUCUCUUACAAAAAAACCCUGAAGAAAAUAAUUAGCUAAUUGAAUCCAGUGACAUGUAAAAAGAAUAAGACAUUUUGACAAAGGGAGUUUAUUUAAGAAUGGCAGGUUUGUAGGGGAGGGUAUAGCUCAGUGAUAGAGCUAAUGCUUAGCAUGCAUGAGGUCCUGGGUUUAAUCCCCAGUACCACCAUCAAAAUAAAUAAAUAAGCCUAAUUACCUCCCUCCCCCAAAAAAGAAUGGCAGAUUUGUUAAACAUUUAAAAAUCAAUAUUAACAAAAUAAAUGGGGGAAAGUGCUAAGAUAAUCUAAAUAGGUACAAAAUUUUUUUGGUGAAAGUUAAUACUUUCAUAUGACAAGAACUCUUAGCAUAUUGAGAAUAGGAGGGAAUGCUCUUCAUCUGAUGAAUAUUAUCUACAAAAAAUACAGUAAAUAUUACAUUUAGUAAUAAAAUAUUGAAAGCUUUUCCCAUGGAAUGGAAAAUAAACAAGGAUGCUCCCUUAAUGCCAUCUCCAUACAACAUUGUUUUGAAGGUCUUACCCAGUGUAUCAGGGCAAGAAAAAUGAGUGAAAAGUCUAAGGAUUAGAAAGGAAGAAAUAAAACUGCCAUUGUUAGCAGAUUUUGUGAUUAUUCACAGAAAAUCCAAAAGAAUGAGCAGAUAACCUGUUAGAAUUAGUAAGUGAAUUUAGCAAGGUUGUUGGAUACCCAACCAGUAUAAUGAAAAUUAAUUUUAUUUUUAUUUUCCAACAAUAAACAGAUUGAAUUUUUUAAUGACACCAUUUACAGAAGCACCACAACCAUCAAAAAGCUAGGAAUAAAUUAAUGAAAGGUAUGCAAAACCUCUCCAUUGAAAACUACAAAACAUUGAGAUAUAUUAAAGAAGACUCAAAUACAUGGAAUGAUAUAUACCAUGUUAAUAAAUAGGGAAGAUUCAGUAUUGGAAAGAUGUCAUUUAUCCCUAAAUUUAUCUGUAGCAAUCUCAAUCAAAAGCUCUGCAGCAUUUUUAAGUGGGCAUACAUAUGAUGAAAUUGAUAAGCUAUUUCUAAAGUUUAUAUGGACAUACAAAGGACCAAAAAUAGCCAGGAAAAUCUUGAAAGAACAAAAUUGGAAGCCUUAACACUACCGGAUAUCAAGACUUACUGUAAAGUUGCAAUCUUUAAGACAAUGUGACAUUGUUGUAAGAAGAAAAAAUAAACCAGUGGAGCAGAAUAAAAAACUCAUAAAUAUGGUCACUUGAUAUAUGUUAAAUAUGGAAUUCCUAUGCAAUGGGAAAAGGAUUUCCUUCUCAAUAAAUGGAGGGUCAAUCAGAUAUCCAUAAUGAAAAACUGUUACCUUAAUGCCUACCUUAAACAAUAGUACACAAAAAUCAAUUCCAGAUGGAUUUUAUUUAUAAAUGUGAAGAUAGCAUAGAAUAGCUCCUUGACCUGAGAAAGGCAAAGAUUUCUUAAACAGAAUACAACCACUAACAAUAAAGGAAAUGAUUGUUAAAUUGGACACUUAAAUUAGGAACUUCUGUUUGUAAAAGAUACUAUCAAAAGAGUGAAAAGGCAAGCCACAGAACAUAUUUGCUGAUACCCAUAGCCGAUAAAGGACUUGGAUCUAGGAUUUAGUAGUAGUUAUCUGUUGCUGUAUAACAAAUUACCCCCAAACAUUGUUAUUUAUUAUCUCACAGUUUUUGUAGGUCAGGAAUCUGGGCACAGCUUCUGACUCUAGAUCUGUCAUGAGGUUGUAGUCAAGCUGCCAGCUAGAAAUGUGGGUUCAUCUAAAGACUCAGUGGAGGGGGUCCAUUUUCAAGCUUUCUCAUGUAGUUAUUGGUAGACCUUGGUCCCUGGCUACAUGGGCCUGUCCUGUCUCAUGACGUGCCAGCUGGUUUCCUACAGGGCAAGCAACCCAAGAGAAAGUGAGCAUUCAAGACAGACGCCACAGUCUUUUUUACAACUUAUUCUUGAAAGUGACAUCCUAUUACUUCUUCCAUAUUCUGUUCAUUAGAAGUGAAUCGGUAAGUCCAGCUCACACUCAGAGGAAAGGCAUUCAUUACGCAGGGGUAUAAAUACUAGGAGACAGGGAUUGUUGUAGGGGGCCAUCUUAGAGGCUGCCUACCAUAAUAAUACAUUAAAAACUUUUAAAAGUCUUGACCUGGGCAGGGUGAAUUAUAUGGGUAUGUUCCUGGUGUGAAAAUGAUCGAGUUAUUCUGUUCUGAUUUGGGCAUUUUUCUGUAUGUAGGUUAUGCAUCAAUGAAAAGUUGACUUAAGAAAAUUUUUGAGUUACAUGUCAAUUAUAUCCAAUAAAACUGGUUAAAAAAGAGAAUAUUUUUGAUGAAAAAUUCUAGGCAGAAUUCUAAAGAUUAUUAUUUUCUGGCCAUUUUGUGAAGUACCCACUAAUCUACAUACUGCCGUAAAUGGAUUUUGCAAGUAUAAUUAAUGUCCGAAGUCAGUUGACCUUAAGAUCUGGAAAUCAUCUGGGUGGAUCCGACCCAGAGAAUUUUCUCUGGCUAGUAAUGGAAGGAUAAGUUGGAGAGGUUUGAAGCAUAAGGAUUUGACAAAUCAUUGCUGGCUUUGAAGAUGGAGGAGGCCACAUUCAAGGAUCUGAGAGUGGCCUCUAGGAGCUGAGAUUGGUGCCCAGCCAACAGCCAGCAAGAAAACAGUUCAGUCCUACAGCUGCAAGGAGCUUAAUUCUACCAACAACAAGAAUGAAGCUUAUUCUUCCCAUGAGCCUCCAGCUAAGAGCCCAGCCCUUGUAACACCUUAAUUUUGGAUUUGUGAGACCCUAAGCAGAAAACUCAGUCAACAACUACCAACCCCCACCUCCCCCCACAAUGGGCUUCUCUUCUACAAAAUGGUGAGAUAAUAAAUGUAUGUUAUUUUAAGCUGCUAA